AAACUGUCAAAGCGACUAAAACAUCAAGUGCAACACAGCAAGUAUGCCAAAUAAUUCCCGCUUCUCACCCCAGACAAGAGCACGUACUCUCUAAAACCGUCAAGGAUCUUCACGGUCAGCCUGUUCAGUUGUUUCUGAGUCUGAAUAUCGUUGAACUAGUCGCAGAGGCCCAGUGUGUGUCUGUGUGUGUGUGUUUGGCGAUGAUGGAUUCGUGGGUGAGAUUCAGCGCGCAGAGUCAAGCCAAAGAGCGCGUGUUCAGGGCUGCUCAGUACGCCUGCACACUGCUGGGAUACACACUGCAGAGAGGAGGAGCGAGAGCAGAGCUGCUGAACACCAUCAAACAGCUGGAAGCUCACAUGAGCCUCACCAGAAAAUUGAUGUGGUUGGGAAACUCAGCUGAAGCUCUGGAAGCCGCCAAACGCACUGUUCAUCUGUCAGACUGUGUGUUGCGUCUCUGCAUCACAGUGGCUCAUUUGAACAGAGCCAUGUAUUUUGCCUGUGAUAAUGUACUGUGGGCCGGAAAAACAGGACUGCUGCCUGAACUGGACCAAAACAAAUGGAGCCAGAGAUCAUUUAGAUACUAUUUGUUCGCACUCAUCCUCAACCUAACACGAGAUGCAUAUGAAAUCCGUCUCCUGAUGGAGAGAGAGUCACGCGGCGGUUCAGCGAAAAGCUUUACCUCCAGUCCGUCUCCCCUCACGCCGACCCCAGAAAACGGAGAGUUCCCUUCAAUCGUGUCUCCAUCCUCAGGGCUGUCUCCACUGCCACCAAUCCCUGUGCUUUCUGCCAGACUCAACAAACAGGUCCAUUUGCUGAUCACAGUCCUGCGCAACAACCCUCCGCUACUCCUGGACCUUCUGAAGAACAUGUGUGACAUCUUCAUCCCACUCGAUAGGCUGGGUCUGUACCAAACGGGGUCGGGAUUUGUGGGGGCCUGCGGUCUGACAUCCUCUAUUCUGUCCAUUCUCACUAUAGUCCAUCCCUGGCUCAAACUCAAGCCCUGAACUACAUUUCUUGUGUUGUGUAGUAGAUAGUGGAAAGGAGAAUGUUUGCUCUCAGUUUAGUUGCACAUUGAAAGCAGUCUGUUCUGUGUGUGGAAAAACUAAAAACCUGAUCUGGUUUUAUCUGA